AUGGCAAGAACCAAGCAAACCGCCCGUAAGUCCACCGGAGGAAAAGCUCCAAGGAAGCAGCUUGCAACAAAGGCUGCUCGCAAAAGUGCUCCUGCCACCGGCGGGGUCAAGAAACCUCACCGUUACAGGCCCGGCACAGUGGCUCUUCGUGAGAUCCGCCGCUACCAGAAGUCUACCGAGCUUCUCAUCCGCAAGUUGCCCUUCCAACGUCUUGUUAGGGAGAUCGCCCAGGACUUCAAAACCGACCUUCGCUUCCAGAGCUCCGCCGUUAUGGCUCUGCAGGAAUCCAGCGAGGCUUACCUCGUCGGCCUGUUUGAGGACACGAAUCUGUGUGCCAUCCACGCCAAGAGGGUGACCAUCAUGCCCAAAGACAUCCAACUGGCUCGCCGCAUCCGCGGGGAGAGGGCUUAG